AUGAUAUGGAUAUGCCAUAAGAUAACAUAUAGUUCCCGGUUUACACCAGAAAGGUGUACAGAUGUGCACUCUGGAAUGACGAUUGGGGCUGGCGUACAAUGGGGAGAGGCGUAUUCAUUUGCAGAGAAACACAACGUCACUGUUGUGGGCGGUUCCGAUAAGGCUGUAGGCGCUGUAGGAGGAUGGUUACAGGGAGGCGGUCACAGCCCUCUAUCAAACACAAUGGGACUUGGCGUUGAUCGAGUACUUCAAUACAAAGUCGUGACACCGGAUGGAAAAUACAGAGUCGCCAAUGAAUGCCAAAACAAAGACCUCUUCUUCGCGCUCCGUGGUGGUGGUGGAGGGACAUUUGGUGUGGUAAUGGAGGCAACAGUUCUAGCGUCACCACGGGUUACGGUGCAGACAUUCAUACUGCAAUUUAGUUCAAAUCGCACUCUUACCCAAGAGCUGUGGUCCAUCAUGGUGAACAAUAGCGUGCAGUGGUCCACCGAUGGCUGGGGAGGCCUUUCUAUGUCGUCUGUUGUGGUCAUGGUCAAUCCUAAACUUAGCAAAGAGGAUGCAGAACAAAGUCUUUCUGUCUUGAUCACUUUUGGCGAAAGGCUACAAGGUAUGCGAGUACCAGGACUCAAAAUAAUCCUCACAGAAUUUCCAUCCUGGGGAAAUUUUUUUGAUGCGUUCACGAAAGACUUCGUUGCAACAGUUGGAUCAAGUCUGGCGCUGACUUCACGCCUGAUAAGCAAAUCUAAUUUUGACACUCCGGAGAAACGACAAGAGUUAACCGCUGCCUUGCUUGCGACUGACGCAGAAACUCCUGGUUUAAUUAUUCUCAUGACGACACCAGCGUCAGUUCCGUCCUAUGGAAAGACAAGUGUGACUGAGGCCUGGCGCUCAAGUCUGUAUCAUGUAACAACCAUUGCCCCUUGGGGUUGGAAUGCGACAAAGGAGGAAAAAAGCGCUCAAUACAAAUCCGCGAGCGCGUCUAUUGAUCAUUUGCGCGAAAUAACCCCAGAUGCAGCUUAUUUCAACGAGGCUGAUACGUAUGAACCAAAUCACGAAGUUGCUUUCUGGGGGAGUCACUACCCGGAGCUAUUGCGUAUCAAAGCGAAGUAG